AUGGAGGAGCUCGACCGCAUUGAGCGGGCAAUGGAAGAGUACAUGGGGUGGGGCGCCAAAGCGCUACGGAGCGAGUGUAGGCGACUGAAAGCUACGCCCACGGCCCAAAAUAAGGCCAGCUACUUCCGUGCCAGCCUCAGGCACGUGGGCCGCUGUGCUUCUCACUGCGCUCAUUCAACGUAUUCGUAUGCACCAACGCCCAUACACUUACCAAUUCCGUCUCCUUGUCUGUCAUUUUAA